AAUAUAAAUUAAUAAUUUAUCAUUAUCAUUAAAUCUUUCCUUAGUUGAAUUGUGUUUCCCUCUCCGCCUUUUUUUCACGCGGUGUCGCCGCCCUCGAGGUUCCUUCCUCCGCCACAUCCAACGCCUAUAUAUACAUAUACAUACACAUCUAAAUCUUCAACACUCACACACAAAUUCUUCCUUUGCCUUUACUGAAAAACUCCUCAAUUUUCUCUGCUUAUUUUCUCUCUCUACAUAUCAACAUGAGCAACCAGAAUCAAGCAUAUCCACCACCCGCCACCUCAUACCCGGCGGAGCCACAGGGCGGCUACAUGGCGCCGCCGCCGCCGGCUGGCUACCCGACGAGAGACGGGCAGGCGGAGCAGGCUCCGCCUGCGGCCGCCGACACCCAGUCGAGAGGCGACGGCUUUUGGAAAGGAUGUUGUGCUGCCCUUUGUUGUUGCUGUAUGUUGGACGCUUGUUUCUAAGAAGUUUAAUUAUGUAAUUUCACAUUCAUUUAUCUUUUAUCGAUUUAAAUAAUGUAUAUUUUGGAUUUUUUUUAUUAGAUUAGAGAGUUUGUGUGAGGUUUGAAAUAUUUGUUUGAUUACAUCAUUUUCGUACAUUUAUUAUGAAAGUUCUUUACGUGUA